AUACUCUUCCCAAGGGUGGUCGCUCGACCAGAUUAGCAUAUUUGCUCUGGUGGAUGCCUUUGUGCAAAGAUGCAAAGGCCUAAUAGAGGUGUGUGAGUGUCAGCAGCAGUUUGCUCGCUGCGAAGAGGGUGAGCGGGUGCCGUUGCCGAUCUUUGCAGGGCGUCAGGGAUCAGAGGUCACUCAGAGAUUGCUGUACAUAGAGGCAACCUUUGACAACAGCCUGCAGGUCCUGAAGUCUGUUAAGGACAUCCUGGAUGUCGGAAACCCCUCUUGGCACGAGGACUACUCCAGCUUCUGUGCUAAAGUGAAAGAUCUGGAGGUGAUGAUGCAGAAUUUGAUCACUUCGACCUUCGAGACGGUGAACUGUGUGGAGGAAGGAGUACAGCUGCUUGACAUGUUUCAGCACCUGUCUGGAAGAGAGGCCAUCAAGCGGACCAUUGACAGGAAGACGCUGGAUCUAUACGCUCUGCUCAAUGCUGAGUUGAGUAAUGUCAAUAUGGUGAUGUGCAGGGUGUCAUCUCUCACUCCUCCUCAUAUGCCUCAACACGCUGGACAGGUCCACUUGACCCGAGCUCUCCGCUCACGGAUAGAAAGACCUAUGGAGGUUCUCCGGCGCACUCAUUUCCUGCCUCACACCAGCAGUGGAGAGGAUGUGAAUGCGAGUUAUGCUAGGCUGUGUCAGAUUCUGGAUGAGAAGGUGAGGAGGAAGUUCACAGACUGGAGUCAGAGUCUGAACAAAGAGUGUCUCCGCAGUCUUGACCAGCCGCUCAUGAUCCGCUGUAAAGGGAAGGCAGGCUUGUUGGACAUCAACUUUAACAAGAACCUAUUGAAGAUGUUUAAUGAGAUUCAUUACUGGGACCGACUGCUUUUUGAGAUCCCUCACUACGUCUCAGAUGUGUAUCAGCGCAGAGAGGAACUGCACAACCUGAGAGAGAAUGUCCUCCUCGUUGUUAGAGACUAUAACAGAAUCAUUAAGGCUCUGAAUGCAGAUGAACUGUGUCUCUUUUCUGAGAGAAUUCGGUUCUUGGAUAAGAAAAUCCAACCAGGCCUGUCAAAACUGCACUGGUCCACAAAAGGAACAGCCAGCGCCUUUAUCAAUGACUGCAGAGUGCACUCCAACAAGGUUCAGUUAGUGGUGGACGAGUAUAAGGCAGCUAUCCUGGCCACCUCUAAGCUCUGUGAGCAGAUCAGUGAGCUGAUUUUGGUGCGUGUGGAUGGCAAGAUGUUUCAUGGAGACCUGGAGUUCCAGGAGGAUCAGCAGAAUCAUCAGCAUAUGCAGCUGCUCCGACUGCAGAACGCACACCAGGACAUCGUCAAAAUCAUGGCCAGAGUCUACGGGACCUUCCACCUAGAUGGGCCUGAGGUGCAACAGCACUGGGUGUCGUACAUGGAGAAGUUGGAUCGAAUGGUUGAGGAGGCGUUUCGUGUGAAUAUAAAGCGCUCUCUGCUGGAGCUCUCUAAAGCCAUCAAUGGAGACGGCAAGACUUCCCCAAACCCCUUAUUCAGAGUAGAGGUGGUACUGAAACAACAAACUCCUCGAUAUCCUGCUCAGGUGGAUUUCUCUCCUUCUCUCCAGAAACUGGCCCACAUAGUGAACAGCAUUAGCUCUCAGCUCAUCAAGACCAUCUCAGUGUUCAAACGUCUGCCGGAUCUACUGACCCGCCAGCACUCGCAGAGAAACCCCAUCCACAGCAUCAUCGAGCAAGAUGAAGAGAUCUGUAAGAUUCAGGGAGCCAUAGCUGCAGGAAUGGUGACUAAUGCAUCUCUCCUGCAGACUUAUCUGAAGACCUGGGACAAACACAGAGAGAUCUGGGAAAUCGAAAAAGACGGCUUCAUACAGCGCUACCAGCGGCUCAACCCCACAGUAGCCUCCUUUGACGCUGACAUCGCCAGAUACACAGAGGUGGCGAACAACGUCCAGAAGGAGGAGACAGUGUUAAGUUUGCAGUUCGUGUUGCUGGAUUGUUCUCCACUCAAAUUCUCUCUGUUGCAACAUUGUAACGAGUGGCAGAGCAAGUUCACACAGCUGCUCAGCCUUAUGGCCAGUGCCAAACUUAAAGAACUGCACAGCUUCCUGCAGGAAAACGCUCUCAGGCUGUCUCAGCCUCCUCAGACUCUGGUGGAGUUGGAAGAGAGUCUAAAACUUCUGGAAACUCUGCAGGCAGAUCUGAGUAAAAUCGAAAGUCAGAUUCCACCCAUCCAUGAUCAGUUUGCCAUCCUUGAGAAAUACGAGGUUCCCGUCGACCCCGCUGUGUUGGAGUUGCUGGAGGCUCUGAAUGCAGAGUGGGUGUGGUUCCAGCAGGUUGUGAUUGACAGUGACAUCAUGUUGAAGAAACACAAAGACAUGAUGAAGAGUGGGCUGAUCCUCUCCUCUGAGGAGUUUAAGAAGAAGACACAGUCGGCCCUACAGAGCUUCAAUAGCAAUGGUCCGUUUGGCAGUAGUGUAGCCCCAGAUUCUGCCCUAGAACUGGUGGCAGAACUGCGUGCCCAGUUGGAGGCUCUUAAAGAAGAUGAGCAGAGCAUACGUUACGGUCUCAACAUCUUUGAUAUUGAAGAACCAGCCUCUAAAGACAUCCUCAAUCUAGAGAAGGGCAUGGACUACCUGCAGCAGGUCUGGGAGAUCGCCCAGCAGUGGGAGGCUCUGUGGGACGAGUGGAAGGGAGGUCAGUUGGCCUCUCUACAGACCGAGGUCAUGGACACCACCGGCCAGACCAUGUUCAAGAGACUCCACAAACUCAGCCGAGAGUUCAAGGACAAGCACUGGGAGGUUGUGGACUUCACUAAGAGCAGGAUUGAACAGUUUAAGAAAAUCAUCCCACUGAUCACAGACUUCAGGAAUCCAGCCAUGAGAGAGAGACACUGGGAUCAAAUAAGGCAAGAGGUGCAACAGACGUUUGACCCGACCAGUGAAGACUUCACUCUGGAGAAGAUUGUGGCUUUGGGUCUGGACCAUCAUGCCGAGCGUAUCAGUGACAUAUCAGGAGCGGCCAGCAAAGAGCUCUCAAUAGAACAGACACUGGAAGGCAUCACGAAGACUUGGGAGGAAACGUCCCUGGACAUCACACCCUACAAAGACAAAGGUCACCACAGACUGAGGGGAACAGAGGAAGUGUUCCAGGCUCUGGAGGAUAACCAGGUGACACUCUCUGUCAUGAAAGCAUCUCGUUUCGCCAAAGCAUUUGAAAAGGAAGUUGACCACUGGGAACGCUGUUUGUCUCUGGUGCUGGAAAUCAUUGAAAUGAUCCUCACGGUACAAAGGCAGUGGAUGUAUCUAGAGAACAUCUUUCUGGCAGAUGACAUACGUAAGCAGUUGGUUCGUGAGACGGCUGAGUUUGAUGACGUCAACUCCAGUUGGAAGAUCAUCAUGGGCCGACUCGAUGAGGACAAAAAUGCUCUCAGAGGAACACACCACCCAGGUCUUCUAGAGAAGCUCUUAGAAAUGAACACUAGGUUAGAGGAAAUUCAGAAGUCGCUGGACAUGUACCUGGAGACCAAACGGCAGGUCUUUCCUCGAUUUUACUUUCUGUCUAACGAUGACCUCCUGGAGAUCCUGGGUCAGUCACGCAACCCUGACGCUGUGCAGCCGCACCUCAAGAAGUGCUUUGACAACAUCAGAAGUCUUCGCAUCAACAAGGUUGGGAUCAGUAACAGCAAGUCGGAGGCCAGUGGGAUGUUCUCAGCUGAUGGGGAGUUUGUUGACUUCACUCAUCCUGUUCUUCUGGAGGGGCCAGUGGAGGCGUGGUUGUGUGAUGUCGAGCGAACCAUGCGCUGGAAUCUGAAGGACUGUCUAAAGAACUGUUCCGGGGCUCUCAAGAAGAUGCCAGGAAAGAGGGGCAAAUGGGUGCGAGACUGGCCAGGACAGAUGUUGAUCACAGCCAGUCAAAUCCAGUGGACCACAGAUGUCACCAGAGCCCUCAUGACCAGCAAAGAGAGAGGAGAUAAAUCUGCCCUUAAAUCACUAAAAAAGAAACAGGUGUCCAUGCUCAGUCAGUACUCUGAAGCCAUACGAGGAAACUUAACGAAGAUUCUGCGCUUGAAGAUCGUCGCACUGGUCACCGUGGAGGUCCACGCCCGUGAUGUCAUCAGCAAACUGGCCAAAGCAGGCUGUUGUGACGUCAACGCUUUCGACUGGCUGUGCCAACUACGCCUGUACUGGGAAAAGGAUGUAGACGACUGCGUCAUCAAACAGACCAACACACACUUUCGCUAUGGCUAUGAGUACCUGGGCAACUCAGGUCGUCUGGUCAUCACCCCCCUCACAGACAGGUGUUACAUGACUUUAACCACAGCGCUGCAUCUGCACCGGGGCGGCUCUCCCAAAGGCCCUGCUGGAACUGGGAAGACAGAGACAGUUAAAGAUCUGGGUAAAUCUUUGGGCAUGUACGUGAUAGUGGUUAACUGCUCAGAGGGCUUGGACUUCAAAUCUAUGGGCCGCAUGUACUCCGGGCUGGCUCAGACUGGUGCGUGGGGCUGUUUUGAUGAGUUUAACCGGAUAAACAUUGAGGUCCUGUCCGUGGUGGCUCAGCAGAUCCUGUCAAUCCUGUCUGCUCUGUCUGCGGGACUCAACAAAUUCACCUUUGAGGGAAGACAGAUCAACUUGGUCUGGUCUUGUGGAAUCUUCAUCACCAUGAACCCAGGCUACGCUGGUCGCACAGAGUUGCCUGAUAAUUUGAAGUCUAUGUUUCGGCCGAUCUCUAUGGUAGUGCCAGAUUCCACCCUUAUAGCUGAGAUCACACUUUUUGCAGAGGGUUUCAAUAACUGCAAGGUUUUGGCUAAGAAGGUCUUCACUCUGUAUUCUCUGGCAGUGCAGCAGUUGUCUAAACAGGAUCACUAUGACUUCGGUCUGCGAGCUCUCACCUCUCUGCUUCGCUAUGCUGGAAAGAAGCGUAGAGCUUGUCCUGACAUUGUCGAUGAAGAGAUCCUGCUGAUGUCUAUGAAGGACAUGAACAUUGCUAAACUUACCUCCAUCGAUCUGCCAUUGUUUAACGGGAUCAUCCAGGAUCUUUUCCCUGCCGUGGAAACGCCCACUAUCGACUACGGAAAGCUGAAAGAGGCUAUAGAGGCAGAGAUUCGUCUGAGCGGUCUCCAGGUGACCCCCUUCACCGUGACCAAGGUAAUUCAACUGUACGAGACCAAAAACUCCCGACACUCCACGAUGAUAGUGGGGAAGACUGGCAGCGGCAAGACGGUCACGUGGAGGAUCCUUCAGAACGCCCUCAGCACCAUGCACCGCAACGGAGUACCCGAGUUCAACCUCAUACGUGAGUGUCCCCUGAACCCCAAGGCAGUGAGCCUGGGAGAGUUGUACGGAGAAUACAACCUCUCCAGCAAUGAGUGGACGGAUGGCGUCCUUUCCUCACUCAUGAGGGCGGCCUGUGCAGAUGAGAAGCCUGAUGAGAAGUGGAUUGUGUUUGACGGGCCUGUGGACACGCUGUGGAUCGAGAGCAUGAACUCUGUAAUGGACGACAACAAAAUCCUCACACUCAUCAACGGAGAGAGAAUCUCCAUGCCUGAACAGGUCUCAUUAUUGUUUGAAGUGGAGGAUCUAGCCGUGGCGUCCCCUGCUACUGUGUCUCGCUGUGGGAUGGUUUACAAUGACUAUUCUGAUUUGAGCUGGAAGCCUUAUGCUCAGUCCUGGAUGGAAAAACGGAAGAAGGUUGAAACGGAUCAUCUCAGGCAGCUGUUUGAUCGCUACAUAGACAAGACCCUCACUUUUAAGAAGACUCACUGUAAGGAGCUGGUGACCAUCACUGAACUGAACGGAGUGGCGUCGCUGUGUAGACUCUACGACACACUGGCCACUCCAGUGAACGGGGUGAACCCAGCGGACUCUGAAAACUUUGGUCGUAUGGUGGAGCUCUGGUUCAUCUUCAGUCUCAUAUGGUCUGUGUGCGCGGCAGUAGAUGAGGAUGGACGCAAGAAGAUUGACAACUUCCUACGGGAAAUAGAGGGAACUUUUCCUAACAAGGACACCAUCUACGAAUACUACGUGGACACCAAGAACAAAACGUGGGCGUCAUUUGAGGAGAAGCUGCCCAAAGGCUGGCGCUACACCUCCAAUGCUCCAUUCUAUAAGAUCAUGGUCCCCACAGUGGACACGGUACGCUAUCAUUACCUGGUCAAGGCUCUGGUGUCCGCUCAGCACCCUGUGCUCCUGACGGGUCCAGUGGGGACGGGGAAGACUUCAGUGGCCCAGAGUGUCCUGCAGAGCCUGGACUCAGUCACAUGGGCAAUGCUCACUGUCAACAUGUCCUCACAGACUAGCUCUAAUAACGUGCAGGAGAUCAUCGAGUCUCGGAUAGAGAAGAGGAUUAAAGGUGUGUACGUUCCAGUGGGAGGGAAGAGGAUGGUGGUUUUCCUGGAUGAUCUCAACAUGCCCGCCAUGGACGACUUUGGCUCCCAGCCCCCUCUGGAGCUGCUCCGCCUCUGGAUCGACUACGGCUUCUGGUACGACCGCCAGAAACAGACCCUCAAGUAUAUCAAGGACAUUUUCCUGCUGGGUUCUAUGGGGCCCCCUGGUGGAGGGAGGACUCACAUAUCAGGACGCCUGCAGAGCCGUUUUAAUCUCAUCAACAUGACAUUCCCUACAGAGUCUCAGAUAAAGCGCAUCUAUGGCACCAUGAUCAGCCAGAAGCUGCAGGAGUUUGAGGAGGAGGUGAAGCCCAUCGGGGGGAUUCUGACUCAGGCCACCCUGGAGCUCUACCACUCCAUCACCACCCGCUUCUUACCCACGCCCGCAAAAAUACAUUAUCUCUUCAACCUCAGAGACAUCUCAAAGGUGUUCCAGGGUUUAUUGCGAGCACACAAAGACUUCCAUGACACCAAACAGAGCAUCACUCGCCUCUGGAUUCAUGAGUGCUUCAGGGUCUUCUCUGAUCGAUUAGUGGAUCAUGCAGACAUGGAGACAUUUGUGGGACUUUUGUCAGAAAAGCUGGCUUCUCAUUUCGAUGUCCCCUACCACACCAUCUGCCCCAACAAACAGCCCCCUCUGUUUGGUGACUUCCUGAGGGAGCCACACGUGUAUGAGGACCUGUUGGACUUUAAAGCUCUAAAGGUUCAUAUGGAGAACCAGCUGGAGGACUAUAACCUGACGCCUGGUGUGGUGCCCAUGAGCCUGGUGCUCUUCAGAGACGCUAUAGAGCACGUAACGCGUUUGGUGCGUGUGAUCAGUCAGCUCCGGGGGAACAUGUUGCUGGUUGGUAUCGGUGGCUCGGGCAGGCAGAGUUUAGCCAGACUGGCCGCCUACAUCUGUAAGUUUACGGUCUUCCAGGUGGAGGUCACCAAACAGUACCGCAAACAAGAGUUCAGAGAGGAUAUUAAAAAGCUCUAUCGGCUGACAGGAGUGGAAAACAGGCCCACUGUGUUCCUGUUUAAUGACACACAGAUCGUGGACGAGUCCUUCCUUGAAGACAUUAACAACAUCCUGAGCUCAGGGGAGGUGCCCAAUCUCUAUAAAGCAGACGAGCUCGAUGAGAUCCAGAACGCUCUGUCAGACUCAGCCAGGAAGGACAAUAUCCUGGAGACACCAGACGCCAUGUUUAACUACCUGAUAGAGCGCGUCAGAAACAACCUGCACAUUGUGCUGUGCAUGAGCCCUGUAGGAGAUCCAUUCAGGAACCGUCUUCGUCAGUACCCGGCACUGGUGAACUGCACCACGAUAGACUGGUUCUCUGAAUGGCCACGUGACGCUCUGUUGGAAGUGGCAGAAAGAUGUUUGGAUGGACUCUCUCUAGGGAGCGAGGAUGGGAUCCAGUCUAAAGUUGCCAGUAUCUUUGUGACCGUGCAUCAGUCUGUGGCCCAGUUCUCUCACAGGAUGAAAAUAGAACUGAAGAGACACAAUUACGUCACACCCACCAACUACCUGGAGCUGGUUUCUGGAUAUAAGAAGUUGUUGUCUGAGAAGCGUGGUGAGCUCGGAGAGCAGGUGUCUAAGUUGAGGAAUGGCUUGUUUAAGAUCGAUGACACGCGCAGUAAGGUGGAGGCCAUGUCUGUAGAGUUGGAAGAGGCCAAGAAGAAAGUAGCUGAGUUCCAGAAACAGUGUGAGGAAUAUCUGGUUGUCAUUGUGCAGCAGAAGAGAGAGGCAGAUGAACAGCAGAAGGCGGUGGGUGCUCACAGUGAGAAAAUAGAAGCAGAAGAAAUCAAGUGUAAGGCCAUGGCUGAGAACGCUCAGAGAGACCUAGAUGAAGCACUUCCUGCUCUAGAGGAAGCCAUGAAGGCUCUGGAGUCGCUGAAUAAGAAAGACAUGACGGAGAUCAAGACUUAUGGCAGACCUCCAGCUCUUGUGGAAACCGUCAUGCAGGCAGUUAUGAUCCUCAGAGGAUGUGAACCAACUUGGGCAGAGGCCAAGAGACAACUGGGAGAGUCCAACUUCAUUAAGCAACUGGUGAAUUUUGAUAAGGACAACAUCUCCGAACGCGUGCUGAAGACCAUCGGACAGUACUGCACGCAGCCCGACUUCCAGCCCGAGAUCAUCGGACGGGUCUCAUCUGCUGCCAAGUCCCUCUGCAUGUGGGUCAGGGCCAUGGAGGUUUACGGCCGUAUCUUCAGGGUGGUCGAGCCGAAGAGAGCCCGGCUGCAUGGAGCAAUGACUCAGCUGGCUGAGAAACAGGCCUCACUGGCUGAAGCCCAGGGCAAACUCAGAGAGGUAGGAGAAAAACUGGAUCAGUUGAAGAGACAGUAUGAUGAAAAGCUGGCCCAGAAAGAAGAGCUGCGGAGGAAAUCCGAGGACAUGGAGCUCAAACUGGACCGGGCCGGCAAGCUGGUGUCUGGACUGGCGGGAGAGAGAGUUCGCUGGGAGGAGACAGUUGUUGGUCUGGAGAAGAACAUGUCCUGUCUGGUGGGAGACUGCCUGCUGGGUGCUGCCUUCCUGUCUUAUAUGGGCCCUUUCCUGUCCAACUACAGAGAUGAGCUGGUCACAGAUAUCUGGAUGAAACAGGUGAGAGAAUUGGAGGUGCCGUGUUCUCCGGGGUUCAGUUUUGCAGUGUUUCUGUCUAAACCCACGGCAGUGCGCGAAUGGAAUAUCCAAGGCCUCCCAUCUGAUGCCUUCUCCACCGAGAACGGAGUCAUCGUCACCCGUGGCAACCGAUGGCCACUAAUGGUGGACCCUCAAGGACAAGCACUAAAGUGGAUUAAGAACAUGGAGUCCAAACGUGGGUUGAAGGUGAUAGACCUGCAGAUGCCGGAUUUUUUGCGGAUCCUGGAGAAUGCGGUGCAGUUUGGUUCCCCGGUUCUCUUGCAGAACGUCCAAGAGGAACUAGAUCCUUCACUGGCCCCCAUCCUCAACAAGUCCCUCACGCGAGUUGGUGGGCGUUUCUUGUUAAAACUGGGAGACAAAGAGGUGGAAUACAGUCCAGAAUUUCGUUUCUACAUGACCACCAAACUGUCCAAUCCACAUUACACCCCUGAGAUCUCUUCCAAAACCACCAUCGUCAACUUUGCUGUUAAAGAACAGGGUCUGGAGGCCCAGCUGCUGGGGAUCGUCGUGAGGAAGGAGCGUCCUGAGCUGGAGGAACAGAAGGACUCUCUGGUGAUCAACAUCGCCUCUGGCAAGAGGAAACUGCAGGAGUUGGAGGACGAGAUCCUGCGGUUGCUGAACGAGGCGACCGGCUCCCUGCUGGAUGACGUUCAGCUGGUGAACACCCUUCAGACCUCCAAAGUCACGGCCACUGAGGUCGCAGAACAACUAGAGAUCAGCGAACUGACCGAGAGCCAAAUCGAUACUGCCAGAGAGGCCUACCGCCCCUGUGCCCAGAGGGCGUCCAUUCUGUUCUUUGUACUGAAUGAUCUGGGCUGUAUAGACCCCAUGUAUCAGUACUCUUUGGACGCCUACAUCAACCUGUUCACCCUGAGUAUAGAGAGCAGCCCCCGCAGCCACAAACUGGAGGAGAGGAUAAACAACCUCAACAGACACCACACUUAUGCCGUCUACAGAUACACCUGUCGAGGACUGUUUGAGUGUCACAAGCUCCUGUUCAGUUUCCACAUGUGUGCCAAGAUCCUGGAGGCGUCUGGGAAGCUCAGCAUGGAUGAUUAUAGCUUCUUCCUCCGUGGGGGACUGGUUCUGGAUAAGGAGAAGCAGAUGGAUAACCCCUGCUCUAACUGGCUGUUGGACUCUAACUGGGACAACAUAAGUGAACUGGAUAAACUGACUAAUUUCCAUGGACUCAUGGCCUCGUUUGAGCAGUACCCUCGAGACUGGCACCUCUGGUACACCAAUCCGGAGCCAGAGAAAGCCCCGCUUCCUGGAGAAUGGGAGAACAGCUGCAAUGAGCUACAGAGGAUGCUGAUCGUACGAUCUCUCCGACAGGAUCGCAUCUCUAUCUGCGUCACGGCUUUCAUCAUCAACAACCUGGGCUCUCAGUUCGUAGAGCCGCCCAUCCUCAAUAUGAAGGCUGUUGUAGCGGACAGCAGCACGAGGACUCCUCUGAUCUUUGUGCUGUCCCCUGGUGUGGACCCAACGGCAGCACUGGUUCAGCUGGCAGAGACGUCAGGCAUGGGUCAGCGCUUCUUUGCCCUCUCGCUGGGUCAAGGCCAGGCACCCAUCGCAACGCGGCUGAUCAAAGAGGGAGUCGCAAAUGGUCACUGGGUGUUCCUGGCUAAUUGUCACCUGUCUCUCUCUUGGAUGUGUGAGCUGGAUAAGUUAGUAGACGAGUUUCAAGUCCAAGAAUGUCAUCCAGAUUUCCGACUGUGGCUGAGCUCCUCCCCUCACCCAGAAUUCCCCAUCGCCAUCCUGCAGACGGGCAUCAAAAUCACUACUGAGCCUCCCAGGGGGGUGAAGUGGAAUAUGAAGCGUCUCUAUCAGCGGGUGUCUGAGUCUCAGUUCUCACGCUGCUCACGGCCGCUGCUGUACCGCAAGCUGCUCUUCAAUCUUUGCUUCUUCCACAGCAUCAUAUUGGAGAGGAGGAAGUUCCUACAGCUCGGCUGGAACAUCAUCUACAGCUUCAACGACUCAGACUUUGAGGUGAGUGAGAAUCUUCUGAGUCUUUAUCUGGAUGAGUAUGAGGAAAUCCCCUGGGACGCUCUUAAGUUCCUCAUCGCUGGGAUCAACUAUGGAGGACAUGUGACCGACGACUGGGACCGGCGUCUGCUUACCACUUACAUCAACCAAUAUUUCUGUCCUGCUGUUAUUGAUACACCCUUCUUUAAGGUCUCCUCCUUGGUCCCUUACUAUGUUCCCCGUGAUGGACCUCAGGCCUCCUAUCUGGACUUCAUUGGUCAGUUGCCGGCACUGGAGCAUCCAGAACUAUUCGGGCAACACCCGAAUGCUGACAUCGCCAGCCAGAUCACUGAGGCUCGAACCCUCUUCCACACUCUGCUGUCUCUGCAGCCACAGGUCACCAGCACUGACGCCAACACCACUGGAGCCAGCAGGGAAGACAAGGUGUUGGAACUUUCUGCUGAUGUUCUGCAAAAGAUUCCCGCUGAGAUAGACUAUGAGGGUACUAGGAAGUUGUUGAAGGAUGACCUUUCACCUCUGAAUGUAGUACUGCUGCAGGAGAUUCAGAGAUACAAUACACUGCUGCACACCAUCAGAUUGUCUCUGUUAGAGCUGGAGAAAGGCAUUAGAGGUCUGGUUGUGAUGUCCAGCAGUCUAGAGGAGAUAUUUCACUGUAUCCACGAUGCCCGUGUGCCUUCUCUCUGGGAAAAGGCGUACCCGUCUCUGAAGCCCUUGGCGUCGUGGACACGGGACCUGUGCCAGCGUGUGGAGCAGUUCGCUCGCUGGGCAAAAACCGCUCACCCUCCUGUCCGCUUCUGGCUGUCUGGAUUUACCUUCCCAACGGGCUUCCUCACCGCCGUACUACAGAGCUCUGCACGACAGAACAACGUGUCUGUAGACACUCUAUCCUGGGAGUUCACUGUCACCACUGUGGAUGACAACAAUCUGCUGUUCCCUCCCAAGGAUGGGGUGCUCAUCCAGGGGCUGUAUCUGGAGGGGGCAGGCUGGGAUAAGAAAGCUGCCAGUCUGGUGGAGGCAGAGCCCAUGCAGCUGGUCUGUCCCAUGCCCACCAUCCACUUCAAACCUGUGGAGAGCCGCAAGAGGGUUCCCAAGAAUAUGUACUCCUGUCCCUGCUACUACUACCCCGUACGGUCUGGUGGUACAGGUCGCCCGUCAUUCGUGGUGGCUGUUGAUCUGAAGUCUGGAGCUGUGCCUUAUGAUCACUGGAUCAAGAGAGGAACCGCUCUGCUCAUGAGCCUUGACAGCUAAACACUCACACUUUCAGUGACACUUCAUUAUCACUCUAAUUUUAAACAGUGUGUUCAACAGAUGACAAGCUCUUGUUAGCCCUCUUACACAGUGAGUAAAAAGUAAUUUAAAAAGAGAAUGUAAUAUGUGCUAAAUCAUAUAUUGAAAAACCCAUCGCAAUUUGUUAUGUUUUAUGACCUUGCAAAGUUGUAAAUUAAUUCAAAUGUGUGUAAUAAAAGCAGACAAAA